AUGGCGGAGCCGGAAGCCGCACCGGGCGGCGCCGAAGACCCGAUCAUCGAGAUCACCGGCCUCAACAAGUGGUUCGGCCAGUUCCACGCGCUGCGCGACAUCGACCUUACGGUGGAACGGCGCGAGCGCAUCGUCAUCUGCGGGCCGUCGGGCUCGGGCAAGUCGACGCUGAUCCGCUGCAUCAACAGGUUGGAGGAGCAUCAGGAAGGCACGGUGGUCGUCGACGGUGUCGCGCUCACCCACAAUCUCAAGAACAUCGACGCGGUUCGCCGCGAAGUCGGCAUGGUAUUCCAGCAGUUCAACCUGUUCCCGCACCUGACAGUGCUGGAAAACUGCACCCUCGCGCCGAUCUGGGUGCGCAAGAUGCCCAAGGCCGAGGCGCAGCAACUCGGCAUGCAAUAUCUGGAGCGGGUCAAGAUCCCGGAGCAGGCCAUGAAGUACCCCGGCCAGCUCUCCGGCGGUCAGCAGCAGCGUGUGGCGAUCGCCCGCUCGCUUUGCAUGAAGCCCAACAUCAUGCUGUUCGACGAGCCCACCUCGGCACUCGAUCCCGAGAUGAUCAAGGAGGUGCUCGAGGUCAUGGUCGACCUCGCUGAGAGCGGCAUGACCAUGCUCGUCGUCACCCACGAGAUGGGCUUCGCCGAGCAGGUCGCCAACCGCGUGAUCUUCAUGGACGCGGGCCAGAUCGUCGAGCAGAACACGCCGGACGAGUUCUUCAACAACCCGCAGUCCGACCGCACCAAGCUGUUCCUGAGCCAGAUUUUGUAG